UCAGAUCGUAUAGGAAAUAUAAAAAUAACCGCUGAAAAACAUAUUUUAUGUUACUUAUGGUUUGUUGGUCAUCAAACUGCAUCUUAUCGCGAUGUAGCAGACAGAUUUGGCAUAACAAUAAGUUCGUUACAUUCAGUAAUUACAAGAGUAACCGAUUUUAUUUUAUCUAUAGCACCUAAUGUUAUUAAAUAUCCAACUCAACUCGAAAAAGAAGAAACCGCAAAUUUUUAUCUAGAACAAAAACAAUUUCCUGGUGUAAUUGGUAAAUAUAAAUAUAUUAUUGAGAUCUCGAGCAUCAGGGUCGAUAAACCUCUGGAAGAUCCUGAUUCAUAUAUCAAUCGAAAACAAUAUUUUUCUAUACAACUACAAGGGAUUGUUAAUCAUAACAUGAAAUUUAUAGAUGUUUUUAUUGGGUAUCCAGGUUCUGUCCACGACGCUAGAGUUUUCCGUAAUUCAACAAUACGUAAUGAUUUGCAUGAAAUUUGUGGAGAUAAUUAUUACUUUUUGGGAGAUAGUGCUUAUCCUUGUUUGAAACAACUAAUUGUUCCAUAUAGAGAUAACGGACACUUAACACGUGCACAAAGAAUGUUCAAUCAAAGAUUAAGUUCAUGCAGAGUUAUUAUCGAAAAUGCAUUUGGAUGUCUUAAGCAAAGAUUUCGUCAAUUAUAUCAUUUUAAAUUGAGAGAUAUGGUACGAAUGGUGCGUGUCAUACACGCAUGCUGUGUAUUGCAUAACAUAGCAAAUGUAAAAGAAUUAGAAUAUUUUGAAGAACAGUUAGACGAUGAGUACCCUGAUGUUGAAUUACAACAUAGACAGAUUGACAUAAUUGAUAAUGCACCAAGGGAAUACAAGGGCGACAUAACAGGAGCACAUGUCCGUGAUCAAGUAUGCAAUUUAUUGUCAACUCAAUAAUAAUAUAAAAUAUACUGUGUAGU